AUGGGAUUUGGCCCGCUACGCGUGAUCAAUGAAGAUCAUGUCGCUGCGGGCCGAGGUUUUGAUACGCACGGACAUCAGGAUAUGGAAAUUAUCUCGUAUGUGAUAUCAGGCACCAUGGCACACAAGGACAGCCUUGGCACAGGUUCAGAGAUCAAAGCCGGAGAAGUACAGCGCAUGACCGCCGGUACUGGCGUACGCCACAGUGAAUUUAAUGUGUCGACAACUGACCCACUGCACUUCCUGCAGAUCUGGAUCCUGCCCGAAAAGCAGGGCCUGGCGCCUGGGUAUGAGCAGAAAUCUUUUGCCGAUAUACCUAAAGACAAUCGCCUGGUUCUGGCAGGUUCACGCGACGGUCGCAAUGCAUCCGUUACCAUUCAUCAGGAUGUUGACCUUUAUCUCUCAACGCUGAGUAACAACGUCCACGUGGCGCACGAAAUAGAGCCUGGCCGCAAGAUGUGGCUGCAGGUGGUACACGGAGAUGUCGCCGUUAAUGAUGAAGGCCUGUCCAGUGGUGAUGGUUUUGCGUUCAAAAACACCAGCGCAUCAGCUGUGCGGGUGAGAUUGAAAAUGACAGACAACACCAAUGCAGCGAAUACUGCAGUCGCAAUCGAAUCCCUGCUCGCUCAGCGCAGAAGCCCUUACACCUUUGAUCCGGGCAAAGAUGUCGGUGAACAGGACCUGCAGGCUCUGUUUGAAGCGGCACGCUGGACCAUGUCCUCUUAUAACGCCCAACCCUGGCGCUACAUCGUCGGCGUGAAAUCCCGGUCGCCAGCUGUAUGGCAGCAAAUUCAUGACGUGCUGGUUGAAGGCAACCAGGGUUGGGCGCAGCACGCGCCAGUUCUGGCGCUGGGACUGACAAACAGCGUUUUCGAACACAACGGCAAGGAAAACAAGGCGGCUAUGCACGAUCUGGGCGCGGCAUCUGCUAACCUCACAUUCGAAGCUACCGCGCGAGGGAUCAGCGUGCACCAGAUGAUUGGUAUCGAACCCGAAAAGGCGACAAACGCCUUCAGCCUGCCCUCAGAAAUCCUCCCGGUUACCGCGUUGGCUAUAGGCUAUGCAGGAAAUAACCCGCAGUUGGCGGCUGAACUUGCGCAGCGGGACCAACAACCGCGGGAGCGGAAGGCAGUGGCAAAUUUUCUAAUGGCGGGCGCGGUUAUCGCCGUGCCUAUCUUCAAAAUGCUCGGGCUCGGCUCGGUACUGGGAUACCUUGCAGCCGGCGCACUCAUCGGUCCAUGGGGCCUUGGCCUGAUCGACGACGUUGAUGACAUCCUGCAUUUCGCUGAGCUCGGAGUGGUGAUGUUGCUGUUUAUCAUCGGCCUGGAGCUGAAGCCGUCACGCUUGUGGGCGCUGCGACGCUCCAUUUUCGGUUUUGGCAGCGCUCAGCUGUUCCUGUCCGCCAUUCUGAUUGGUACCUUUGCCUACCUGUUAGGUAACCCGCUGCAGAUCGCGCUAGUCAUCGGUCUGGUACUGGCCCUUUCUUCCACUGCAUUUGCACUACAGCUGCUUGCAGAGCGCGGCGAGCUCACCCGACGCCAUGGUCGCUCUGCAUUUGCAACGCUGUUGUUUCAGGAUCUUGCUGUGGUUCCUCUACUGGCGCUGGUACCUUUGCUUGGUGGCGCAUCAUCCCAGGACUUCCAAUGGCAGGCGGUAGCCAUCGCAGCGGGCACCGUUGUUGCUGUUGUUUUCCUGGGUGGCUGGGUACUGAAAAACCUGCUGAAGAUUGUUGCCCGCAGUCGGGUACGCGAAAUUCUCACGGCUACCGCACUGCUGACGGUUCUUGGCACAGCCAGUCUGUUGGAGCAUGCCGGUUUAUCCAUGGCCCUUGGCGCUUUUCUGGCAGGUGUAUUACUUGCAGACACAGAAUUCAGACAUCAGUUAGAGGCGGACAUUGAACCGUUCAAAGGCUUGUUACUCGGCUUGUUUUUCAUAGCGGUUGGCAUGUCGAUGAAUCUUGGCCUGAUCGCUGAAAAACCCUUCAGCAUUGUCGGGAUGGUGAUCGUGCUGGUGAGCAUCAAGUCGCUGGUACUGUAUACACUGGGUAAAUGGCAAGGCCUGGAAAACACCUCAGCCAGGCGAUUGGCGUGGGUGUUAUCCCAGGGAGGAGAAUUUGCAUUUGUCAUUUUUGGUGUUGCUGUAACGACAUCGGUGUUACCCAGCAGCACAGCAGAGUUGUGGAUCGUGGUGGUUUCUCUGUCUAUGUUAACCACGCCACUUCUUAUGUUUUUAGAGGACAAGCUGUCUAGCCAACGCUCAACCGACCAACCUUACGAAGUACCCGAUGACGAUGAACCCAGGGUCAUUAUUGCCGGGUUCGGUCGCUUCGGACAGAUUAUUGCACGGGUGCUCAGUGCUAAGAAAAUUCCGUUUACCGCACUGGAUGCCAGCCAGGAGCAGGUGGAUUUUGUAAAACAGUACGGCAACAAAAUUUACUAUGGCGACGCCUCCAGAUUAGAUCUGCUGGAAGCCGCGGGUGCAGAAAAUGCUUCGUUGUUUGUUCUGGCAAUUGACGAGGCCCAGGCGUCUCUACAAACCGCCGCAAUUGUUUCAAAACACUUUCCGCAUCUGAAAAUUUACGCCCGAGCGCACAAUCGUAAACACGCCUAUCAGCUUAUGGAUCUGGGUAUCGAAAUCAUCCGCCGCGAUACCUUUUAUUCAGCUUUAAGUAUGACCGAGGCUGUGUUGACAGGUUUAGGUUACAGCGCUGCACGAGCCCAGCAAUCGGUUGAAGCCUUCGAGGCCAAAGACGUAGAGCGUCUGCAUGCACAUCAACACCUGCACAACGACAAUGAAAAAAUGCAGGACCUGGCAAAAACCGCAGCCAAAGAGCUGGAAGAAAUGUUUGCCGCAGACGCCGCCAGCGAAGAAACAACACCCUCUUGGAUGCAGCAAAAACCUUGA